AUGGUUAGAAAUCUCUUCCGACGUUUUUCGGAAAAACCACAGCCGAGACCUGUGAAGCAAACCGCCUACAUUCAAGGUGCUUCAACUUCUUCAGGUCAAACCCUCAACACAUCGCAAACAAAUGGACAAAAAGAGGGAUCUCGCACACCAGUGACACCAAAAGCUUUCAUUCGAAAAGAUGACGAAAACGAAAGCGAAGACAAAUUCGCGCCACGAAAGGUUGACGCUUCAGCAAAUUCAUUGCGAGUGCUUUCUGAUUUCGUUAAUCGAACCGCAGAGAAAGGAGUUGAUGGACUGAAGAAAGAAUAUUCGAAACUCGACAAGUAUUUCGAUACGACUGCCACUUUUGACGCUUUCCGCAUGAAUAUGCCCAAGAAUCGAUACUCAGAUGUUCUUUGUCCGGACGAGACUCGAGUGAAAUUGUGGUAUGGAGCACCGGAGUUCACCGAGUAUAUUCAUGGGAAUCGAAUCAAUGAUGCUGUUCUGCCAACAAAUUAUUUCAUCUGCACACAGGGUCCAACCAAUGACACUGUUCACGAUUUUUGGCGAAUGAUCUUCCAGGAGAGAAUUCGAAACAUUAUCAUGUUGUGCAAUCCGGUUGAAGACGGGAAAAUCAAAUGUGCUACAUAUUGGCCGGAUCAGGAAACUGGAAUCUCGGAGUUGCCGACGUUAAUUGUAAAGAAUCAGGGCACAGAUGAGGAUGAGUUCACGAUUACUCGGCUAUCCGUUGAACCAAAUCCAAAUUAUGUCGGCAAUCAACAGCUGAACGAAGCACAGAGUGCUCCACUCGAAGUGACGCUUCUACGCUGGAUUGGAUGGCCAGAUCGAGGGAUCCCGUCAAAGCAAUGUCAAACCAUUCUGCCACUCAUACUUUUGGAUAAAGUGAGAGGCUUGCCGACAGUUAUCCAUUGCUCGGCGGGUAUCGGAAGAACGGGAUGUUUGAUGGCGCUAGAAGUGGCUCAUGAGAGAAUUUCGAGAGGGAAAAAAGUCGAUUUCGAUCAGAUCGUACGUGACAUUCGAUGCUAUCGAGCGCAAAUCAUUCAGACCGAGAUCCAAUAUCUUUACAUAAAUCGUGUGAUUAUUGAAUAUGCAUAUAUGCAUGCCAAUCUUGACGAUUCGGCUUACGAAGCUGGAAAAAAGUUCAUCGAUGAAUAUGAGCGUAAAUUGCGAAAA